AACCAAAGGCGGAAGUGCUGACAGGAAGUUCUCCUGCGUCGCGUCACUCUUCGAUUCCUGCAUUUCCGUGGUUGUCAUAAUGGUCGUUCUGAAGGGAAUCCCCUCAGUUUUAUCGCCUGAUUUGCUGUAUGUUCUCGCUAAAAUGGGACACGGCGAUGAACUGGUGCUUGCAGAUGUAAAUUUUCCUGCAUCUUCUGUUUGUGCUUGUGGUCCAAAAGAAAUAAGAGCUGAUGGUUUGAGAAUCCCACAACUUUUGGAGGCUAUUUUAAAGUUGCUGCCACUUGACACUUACGUCCCAUGUCCGGCAGCAGUCAUGGAUCUAGUGGACACUGACAAACAAAAAGGUUUAUCUGUCACUGUGUGGGAGACUUACUCACAUCUCUUGAGCCAGGCGGGUUCUGAGAGUCCUCUGGAGAAGGUGGAGAGAUUUGCUUUUUAUGAGCGUGCCAAAAAAUCAUAUGCCGUUGUGGCAACAGGGGAAACAGCUCUGUAUGGGAACCUGAUCCUAAAAAAAGGAGUCCUUCCUGCCGAGUUUCUAGAGUGACGCGCAAUUUUGUUAAUUUAGAGAAAACAUUUUCUUGUCGAGUUGAAAAAGUUUUGUUUUGUUUGUGAUUUCUGUUGCACACAUUAAAAUCUGAAUCUUUAA